AUGGUGGAGCAGUUUGAACAUGGUCUAACGGACAGUUCAAUAUCUAUCAUGUCUGCAAGGGUGGUGCUGACGCUUUUCUUUGUUCGCCUGUUUGUCUCACAACUUGUGAGUGUUGCACAGACACCAACCCCCGACAAUUCUGACAAUUCGUCGAGCACUGAGUCUAAUAUGACCACUACCACAGAAGCAAUCUUUGUGGAAGAGGAACUGAAAUGGUGCAAAUACGAGGAGGAGAAUGUCACUUUAGGGCAGGACGUCGAAGGAUGUCAGGUCCGUCGGCAAAAUAUGGCAGCUAGGCAACAUGUUGCUGUCCUGAUUCCAUAUAACACAAAUGACCCACUAGAUCUAACUUGUCAGGUGUGCCGUGGAGAUGAUUUCACCAAGAUGAAAUGGUUCUGGGUACCACGAGAAAAGUCUGGUUCUAUUUUCUUACCCGAACAACUGACAGAUGCAAGUCGCAUAUGGCUUUUGAAUCGAACUAUGCUGGAGCCAGUUGAGACGGAGUACUUCUCUGGAGACAUUAAGUCACCCUGUCUGAGCCUAAAAACAUUCACUCUAAGAUACUUAAGAUUCAACGCUUCCAAAAAUUUGGGAACUUAUGUAUGCAUGCAGAGAGAAUUGGACGAGCACCCCCUGAACCAAAUUUGGUACCACGUGGACACCAUCACUCCGGUCCAGGAUACGGUCGAUCUGACUGUGUUGCCGCCACAAAUGGAGAUGAAUAGUAGAGUGGAUAGUUUCGAACAAAUACCAGCACUGCAGAAAAUUUUGGACGAUGAUUUAGCUGCUCUGCCAGACUUUCAGGAUUUUCGUUACGAUCCUCUCCACCUCACUUCACGGGUGUACAACAACAUGCCGAAGACAGCUCUAUGCGGAGAGGUCGAAAUAAGAGGUUAUCGCUCAUGUUUUAUCCGAAUAGAGCCAGACGUGGUGGAUCAGCUGUAUUCGGACGAUGAAGACGCCAAACUGAUCUAUUUCGUUUUGCGAUUCGCAUUCGACUUUCUCGUCAGUCCUCAGUAUGCUACUACACAGGGGGAGCGUACAGCUCGUGAAAAUGCGGUGAAACAACGUGUUAAGGAAUUGGGAUUCUACCACCAUGUCAACGACACGGAUAUCUUCGUGCCAUGCCAGUACACCAUGUUUAAGCAUCUCCCAAAUCUAAAUAAUCAAUUUAGACCGCUGGAAACUCGUGGCUUAUUUACCAAAAUGGUCUACGACUUCGCUUGCCCGGAGAUGGAUCCCAUGGAUUUGAUAAACUUGGCCCUGGAUCGGGACGUGACCCGUAUGCAAGUACAUCUGCUUGGAAUAGACGACAUGCGGUUUAUGAAAAUUGAGAGGGUUGUCGUUGACGGUACCGAAUCAGUGCGUCUGUCUUGCAACCUGGACAAACCCACAGACUGCUCCGGUGUCAGGGAUGAUGUCCUGUGGCGUUCAAAAACAGGUCUAUCGUUUAGCCGUCGGACAAUGAUGGACGAGCGGAUCUAUGUAACUGGAAAAUGUGAACUUGUCUUCCAGAUAGUAGCCUUAAACGACUCGGGAGAAUAUCAGUGCUUUUUACGACACACAAAAAAUCCGAGUAAGUGGGCCCCGUCGCCACAUAUUGUGUACCGAGUGAAGAUUGAAAAAGGCUCUUACAAGUUGCCCGCUAUCAAUGAUAUUUAUGUGGGGCUAGCAAUACUCAUAGGAUGGGCAGCUGCAAUAACCGUCGUGUGGAUGAUUCUCAUGGUGUUCAACCACCAUGUCCACACAGUGGCUUUAACGGUGGCCAAGGCGCGGCAGAAAAUAAUGCAAGAGGAGCUGGAGAGGAAAAACCUCGAAAUUUUGGAAAGACUGAAGGUUUAUCUGCAUGAGUUGGGAAUUACUGACGAAGUGAUUAUCCAAGAACGUGGACAAGAUCUAGAAAAGGUGCAGCCAGGUGAUGACGAGCUGGAUAUCGACAACGAAGAGAAUGAUGUGAAGGAUGACUGGGUGGAUAAUUUUUCCGAGGUAGAGUCCUAUACAGAAUGGGUUAGUGAUGAAGAGCAACGAGAGAGCCCACAUUCAUCAGCCUUAUCGGGUUAUCCCACU